CCCUUUGAGUGUAUUAUCAUUUUGGGAUAAAAAUUGCAAGGGAAAAAACACACACGGCCUCCUUCCCUGUUCCUCCUUCGGGGAGGGUUAGGGAGACUACUUUGAAAAUGGAGCCGAGGCAGCACAGUGUGGGGAGACAGUAGUGAGGCGAAAUAACACGAGUGGUGGGAGAGAGGGAGAAGAAGAAGGAGGAGGAGGAGAAGGAGGGGGCGAGCGAAUUAAAAGUUGGCCAAAUGGAGAUAUUGGGUUUCAAGUGGACUGGAGAAGGGAGUAAGAAAAAAAAGGGGUUGCCUCCGCAAGUCUUUAUGUUAUGCAAAUCGGGAUAAAUAUUUAUAGAUGAGUUUUUCCGUCGAAUAGCGCUUUCAAAUGGGGAGGGCGUCGACGACACCAGUGCGGGCUAGCUAACCGAAAAGCCGCUCGUUUUGCCGUCAAACGGUCUCCGGAGCGAACGAAACCGAGGAGGACGAGGACCGCGUUCAAGAGCGACUACACCCGCCGGCACAGCCUUGGCUUCGGGGGAAAUGUGACGUUUUGGCCGCUCGGGACGAGUGCGAAAGCCUUGCCCAAAACGCAUCAAGGCAACCACGUCGACCGGCCCCCGGACUGCGAAUGUGUCGAUUCGGGGCUAUUUUUGGAAAUAAAAGCUUACAGGCCGCAAAUUGAGCCGAUUUUCUAGGCUUCUUUUUGAAACGGUUUUUGCAACGCGGACGUGUGACAUGGCGUACCAACGAGGGCAGAUUUGCUUUGAAAAGCAAUUCGAGCUUUGUCCGGCACUUGAUUGGCACCGAAGCUAGAUUUUUGUCGGUGGUACCUAACGGCGAUUAUUUAAAUUUUCUUUUUCCUUAUGGUUUGGCUUAAAUGCAUUUUUAGGCCAUUCUACACGUUCGUUCUUUUAUACGACGCCAUUUCACAGUUCUUUAGCUACGACGCCAUUCCAAACUAGUUCCUUUUCGUCUUCACGUUUGCCUUUUUAACCAAUUCAAAUAUAAAUGAGCGUCUUUUGAAAUAUUGUGGCCUUGUUGUGUUAUAUGUAUAUAUUUUGUAUUUGUUGUGGUGUUUUAAACAACAUAAUGGCUGCCCAACGAUAUAUAUAUAUUUACCACAAGUAAAAGCUCCAUUCCCCAACAAUGACGAUUCUCUGUGAUAUUUUCACUUCUCACGCUGUUUUUUAUUUGUUUUUCUCGGAAAACCGCUCAAAGAAGAGCAUUUUGAGCUCAAUGGUUGUUGGUCUGAGUAGUUCAAAGAUGGAGGGUGAACGUGGCUGGCGCAGCGCUAAAAAAAAACAAAAAAAACGACUGUCUGGCUUUGAUAGCAGCCAUUUUGUUGUUCUAGCUUGUCCAGUGUAGAAAAUGCCACUUAAGCUUCUCAUUACUCGCAGUAUGGACAAUAAGCAUUCCCUUCUAAUGCUGAAAAACUGUCCACGUUGCUCCUAAACACAUACAAAAGAAACUCAAAACACUUUUUAUACUUGGUUGCUUUCCCCCUUGAUUAUUUGCUAUACAACACACUACACUUGAUGGCUGACAUAAAGCCAAAUAUCCAUUAUGUCUGCCCUUCAAGGUUAUUUUGAGCAUGGUGCAGUUGCUUCUACAUAAGUGCCAAUUCGCACCCUGUGAGGUGACUGGUGUGGGGCAGGAAAGUGAUUCGUGGGACUACUGUCACGGCAGCCGUGUUGCCUGAAUGAAGGCCAUACUGCACUCCGUUGCCUAUCUCGUUACUGGAAACGUUAGGGUGUUACAUGACUGGAUCCAUGCGGCCCGAUACUAAUCUGUGAGUGACGCAAAGUAAUGAAUACACACACAUUGGGCACAACAUUUGGUAACCCUGCUCCCCAUUCAAUUCGGCUUUACUCAAAUAGUGCCAGAUAUGUAUAUACAGUGGGUAUGGAAAGUUUUCAGACACCCUUCAAAUUUUCACUCUUUGUUGUAUUGCAGCCAUUUGUUAAAAUCAUUUAAGUAAUUUUUUCCCCUCAUUAAUGUGCGCACAGCACCCCGUACUGACAGAAAAAAAACAUAAUUGUUGAAAUUUUUGCUUAUUUAUUAAAAAGGAAAAACUGAAAUAUCACACACCCAUAAGUAUUCAGACCCUUUGCUGUGACACUCAUAUAUUUAACUCAGGUGCUGUCCGUUUCUUCUGAUCACCCUUAAGAUGGUUCUACACCUUCAUUGGAGUCCAGCUGUGUUUGAUUAUACUGAUUGGACUUGAUUAGGAAAGGCACACCCCUGUCUAUAUAAGACCUUACAGCUCACAGUGCAUGUCAGAGCAAAUGAGAAUCAUGAGGUCAAAGGAACUGCCUGAAGAGCUCAGAGACAGAAUUGUGGCAAGGCACAGAUCUGGUCAUGGUUAAAAAAAACAUUCUGCUACAUUUAAGGUUCCUAAGAGCACAGUGGCCUCCAUAAUCCUGAAAUGGAAGACGUUUGGGACGAUCAGAACCUGUCCUAGAGCUGGCCGUCCGGCCAAACUGAGAAAUUGGGGGAGCAGAGCCUUGGUGAGAGAGGUAAAGAAGAACCCUAAGAGCAAUGUGACUGAGCUCCAGAGGUGCCGUCGGGAGAUGGGAGAAAGUCAACCAUCACUGCAGCCCUCCAUCAGUCGGGGCUUUAUGGCAGAGUCGCUCGAUGGAAGCCUCUCCUCAGUGCAAGACACAUGAAAGCCCGCAUGGAGUUUGCGACAAAAACCCACCUGAAGAUCGUGAGAAAUAAGAUUCUCUGGUCUGAUGAGACCAAGAUAGAAAUUGUUGGCCGUAAUUUCAACAAUAGUUUUUUUUUCUAUCAAUAUCGGGUGUUGUGUGUACAUUGAUGUGUAAAAAAAUAUGAACUUAAAUGAUUUUAGCAAAUGGCUACAAGAUUAAAGAAAAAGAAAAGGUGAAAAAUUGAAGGGGGUCUGAAUACUUUCCGUACCCACUGUAAGUUUGCCAAACCACUUUACAUAAGAAGUACUUUACAUGUCAUCAUAAGCAUCUUAUAUCUCUACAGAAGCGGCAAAAGUACUCACACUUUGUGCUAAAGUUGAUAUAUACAGAUACUGUGUAAAAAGACUGGUGAAAGUGUUGAUUAGACUCCUUAAGUAAAAACAAAAAAGUGCAGACUUUAUCUACAAAUGUAAACAUGCGUUUUUAGUAUACAUUUUAUACAAUUUCUAUUUAGAUAAAGUGGCAAAAUUUUUGUAAUUUCUAGCUAGCUAGUGUUGGCUCAGGCUUGUUGUCAGCAAUGUUAUGGGAACAUGUUUUAAUGUUGUGAACUGACUAACAAUAAUCCUAAAUUAGCUAAUGAUAACUGAAAGAAAUACAGGUUACUUGUAUUUUUUCAGAUUUGACAUAUUUUUUUAGAUUUUUUUUUUAAUGCCAGAAGCUUGAGGUUUUUAGGCUGGUACAAGACACAGAACAUUCUCAACAAUUCAUCCUUGGAGCUGACAACAGUUGUCUUAAUUAAGGCCCUGGAUGGGGAAUAACUGUUGCAUCAUCAUCGUUAAUGCUCUCUGGUUCAUGUUGCUCCAUGUCGCCUUACAAACCCCCAAAAUUAAAAUCUAUCAAGAUAAUCUCAUUACCUUUUAGGAUUUACGUCUUUUUUCCAUUGUGUCGCCAUCUGUGGAGGUUGAAAUAAGUAACAAGUCUCUUUUGACAAGGGAGUAGAAAGUACAUCUGUGUGCAAAUGUAGGGAGUAAAAUAAAAAGUCAUCAGAAAAAUAAAAAAGUACAGAUACCUGAUCAAUCCACUUAAGUACAGAAUGAAGUACUGUACCUCUAAAACAUGCAACCGAAAUACUAGCAAACUACAGCUGCUAUGACAAACUAUCAAUAAAACUGAGCAUUAUUAUAUGUGAAGAGGCAGUAUUAAUGCAGACCUUGUACAUAAUGAAGUGUCCAGUGAGUGUAUGGCAGUGAAGUAAUCUUUUAAAGUGACUUUUAAACACAUUUCACCUGGUUUAUUCUUUAUCUUGAGGUGUCAUGGACGAUGAGGACGAUCGCCAUCUUCUGGAUAUCUUAGGUGAUGUGGAUGCAUUGAAUGACUAUCUCCACGGCAACAACAGCAAGUCUAUUGAAGAGGACGAUGUAGCCAAUGCUGCGUACGGCUCAGAUGCGUCUUUCUUCGCUGGUGAUACUGCAAAUGCUGGAAUCAAAGAUGGCUCCUCCACAAUGGCAGAGUUUGGCGGGGAUCCAGCAGGAGAUGGCCUCCAGCUCUCCAGCAGCCACUCCUUUAUCGAGGACCAGCUGGGAGCCAAUAGCCCCCCCGGAGGCGGCGUGGACCUCGGCGAAGACCAACCCUUCGACAUCCUCCAGAAAUCCCUCCUGGAGGCCGACAUCACGGAGCAGACACUGGCACAGGAGGCUUUGCUGGACGCCCAGCCCGCACCCACCCUCGUGCAGCCCCCCGUACCCUUCCCUUCCCAGCUGGUCUCUGGGGGCUACGGAGGGGGUGUGGUUACCACGGCGGCGUUACCGACCGGACAGUUCCUGCAGGGUGUGUCGCCGCUGCCUAAUGGCUCCACGCAGCACAUUCAAGUGCUGGGCUCGUUCGGGGCGGGAAGCGGAGUCAUGACCCUGAGUGGUCUGGAAAGAACACCUCAGAUUGUGCUGAGGCCGGCGGGCCCCGUCAGCGCUGCGGGGUCUCCGGCUCCGGGCGGGCAGGUGUUCGCCCCCACCCAGGGGCAUCUUGGCCAAGUGGGCUUCAAGAACAUCCCCCUCCAGAAUGUCAUCAUCCAGAGAGGUCCGGGAGGGACACAGGCUCUUGUCAGGCCGAUCCAGCCUAAACCGCAUCAAGCUGGAGCUCAGACUGUCUUCAGCCUCCAGCCCACGGCCUCCAACUUGUCUAGUGUGGGUAACAGUGCUACAGCGCAGUACACUGCCAAUGGCUCGCUGGUGGUGGAUCAGCAGCAGGCGCAAACCAGCAUACAAGCGGGACAGUUCUUGCUGCCCACUUCUUUGGCCAUCCACAACGGCCCCCCCACGGACUCCGCUGCUCAGAUCACCGCCCACAACGCGGUGCAGAUUGUCGCCGGGCAAAAAUUUACAGCUCAAGCAGACGGGCAGCUCAUUUUGAAUCAGGGCGCGGUGAGCGGCGGUACGACGCAAACUUGGAAGGGCGCAGCGCCCACGGGGUGCACCCCCGGCCAGCUAGGGCUGGUCAGCCAGGGGCAGCUCCCGGGUAGCCCCGUGCAGCGCCUCCUAGUGACGCAAACGCCCAACUGUACGUCGUUGUCCCCUUUACCCAGCACGGUGACGCCAGCGCAAGAACACAGACAGAAUGCUUCAGGAUCUGCCAUUAAACAAGUGCAGCUCAACGCACAGAAGAGGCCCGCCCCCGCACCGCUGACUAAGGGAGGAAUGGUUUUACAGCAGCUAAGGGAACAUCAUGAACGGGUAGACACGCCCGACCGGAGACAGUUCAUGUCGUUCAGUGAUGUGCUGCAAAGGCUCCUGCCCUUUCACGUCUUCCAAGGCACGCCGCCCAGCCAGGAGGAGUUCUCACAGGUGGAUGAGGAGUUUGAGUCAGUUGCAGCGCACGUGUUGAUGAGGACCCAGGCCAUGAUCAAUAAAUACAGACGACUGCUUUUGGCUGAAUCUGAGCAUUCCAGUCCUUCGUCAGAGAUGGUGAUGAUCGAUAGGACCUUCAACCAAGAGGAGCGCAGCUGCCUGACGCAAGACAAGCGCAUGCUCCUCGUGGAUCCAGACACUUUCUUGGAUGACUUCUGCUGCGGGCUGAAAUCCAAACGUUUCCAAGAUCCCAUCCCCUCUCCACCACCACCGCCGCCGCCCACCACCACAGACACGGAGAAGCCGGCAUACAGGACAAAAUCCCAGCCUGGCUUUGGCGACCCAGGAGGACGAGGCGGUGGCGACAGACUCCAAGCUUCACCUGUGGAGAACAAGAGUGUCCUGGAACUGAAGCGAUCCCAGCAGCAGCGCUCAGGGCAGGAAGGUAACCACUCAUCUUUUGCAACAACAGAAGGGGGGCACACGCACCAUCAGACAGCGUCGCCCCCGCAGCUGGACCCGGACUCGGCUCUGGAGGCGGCCGUUAACAGCAUCCUAGAAUGUUAACAAACCGCAUGGAAUUCUGUUGUCGUUCAUUAGUGAAGUUUGUUCUGCUCUUUAUGUAGCACUAUCUUUGUUUUAUUUGAGCAGAUACAGGGGGUCCUCGGUUUACGACGGGAGUUUCAGUCUUGGGUAACCUGAAUUUGAACACAAGUUGAAACGCAGAGUUUUCUCACUAAACUACACUACAUAUUAGUAAAGACAUAGUUACAGUAAAUAUUUAAAAGAAAAACACUUCUUGGUCAUAAAUAAUAAACGUUACAAUUAAAAACACUUAAGUACGGAUCUAAAUGAGUGCCUUAAUGUGCCGCUCGACGCCGUAUUCUUGUGCCGCUGUGCAAACUUGUUCAUUACAUGCUAUUCAAAACCUCAAAAUGUCAUAAUUACAGUCAAUAAUUGUGCGAAAAACACCUCGGCUAGAAAUAUAAAACGAGAAAAACGAGCGUGCCUUAUUGUGCCAUGUGUCGCCAUAUUGUUACGCUGCUGUGCAAACUACGACAUUUUGUGAUGCAUGUAACCUCAAAAUGUCAUAAUUACAGUAGAUAUUUGUUUGAAAAGCACUUUUAGGUCAUGAAUACAAAACAUUCAAUGAAAUACAGUAAGUACGGUGGUUACUGAGCUUGUCUUGUGCUGCGUGGCAACCUAGUCUAACACUGCUGCGCAAACUAGUUAAUUAUACGCCAUUCGGAAACUCAAAAUUUCAUAAUUAUGUCAAUA